UCCAGUUUGACCUUCAAAUCUUGUCCACAAUUCUGUAUCUCUUUUAUCGAGGCUCCUCUAAAAAAACCAAACAUUUUUGGACCUUCCAAACCUCCACUUCCUAUUCACCCAUUUGAAUUUAAUUCAAAUGUGUUUGAAUCUAAACCUUGCAUCCAUGCCCACUCCUAUUUUCUUGGAUUAAACUCAUUUUUCUGAGUUUGAGAAUAUAUUCUUUCUCCUACCAUAUUAUUUUCUCUCUUUUCUUUCUUUCUUGUUUUUCUUCUCUGUAAUGGAAAGGAGAGAAGAGCGAGAUCUUUUUUUCUCUUCUUUCAUUGAAUCCAGCUGGCCCGGUCCCUAGGCCCAACUCCUGCGGCCCAGCAAGCCUCUCCCCUGCUCUAACCCUAGCCAUCGCUCACUCCCUCUCGAUCCCAUCUCUCCCUUGCAUACUCCCACACCGCCGCCAGAGAGCCACCCUCGACCCGCACCUCUCGCCCACCAUCGCGCCCUGUCAAUCCCCUUUUUCUCCACCAUCGCGCCUUCCUCCUCCAGCCUUCGUCGUCUGCUUGAGCGCGCCGCUCGAGACACACCCGCGGCUACCCGACGUUGGAGCUCCUCCCGUCGCCCGAGUACGUCCCCGCCUCCGGCAAUAGCGCCCGCGCCCGAUGCCCCUGCACGCGAGCCUCCGCUGCGUUGCCGUAUCACCAUGAUGCACCCGCGCCACCGGGCUCCUCCUCUCAGACCCUGACCUCGGCCUUCGGCCAUGGUGCCGCGCCGACGACCACCAGCAGGAUGCCGACCUGCGUGCGCGACCAUGCCGGCCUCUCCUUCCUCCUCGCCUGCGUCGCUGCCUUCCCCCUCGUCCGCCUCGGAGCCGACCUCCACCACCAGAAGCUGGAGGCUUCUUCCCUGUCACGAGCCUCGUCACCGGAGUGGCUCGCCAUGACGCCCUCACGGCGAGCUUCCCGCGUCCACCGCCUCCCUGCAUACAAGCACCCUACGCCGCCACUCAUCGACCUCCUCUAUUCCAGUCGUGGACAGCCCCUGCCCGAGACCCACCUUCAGCCUCGCCUUGUUUUCCUUGACCUCUUCCCACACGUGACCGAGAUGCCCUGCCUCUUUCGACCACCACCGUCGCCUCACUGUUGCUGCUGCCCUCUGCUGCUCUCCCUUGAGCGCGCCCGCUCCAUCGCCUCCUUGCUGCUGCCCAACCGAGGCCUUGUGAUGCUUCGUUUCGAAACAGAAGACCAUCAAGACCGGCAAGACCCGGACUCCGAAGCCAAGUACUACUACAAACCCGAAGAAUUCGGAUGCAUCAAGUCUCCAAGGAGACCCAUUUUUCGUCAAGUUCGACUACCCGUAUCAUCAAGUACCACUACGGCUGGAGACCUCGGACACGCCAAGUACCCCUUCGAGCUAUCAAUACCGCAAGCGCCAAGUUCCACGACGACCCAAGUACCGCGAGAACGUUUGUACCUCUACCAUCGCCGUGGAUCCGACAAGUACCCCUACAACAAGUGUACCUCUACCAUCGUCUUCGGAAUCGCUAAGAACGUCAAGCACCCCUUCGAGAUGACAAGACCGACAAGUUUAAAUGACCCCAAAUACCUCUCCAAAAAUGAGACGUAUACCGCUACCGUCGCAAGAAUCGAGACCGACAAGUCUGAAGAUGCAAGUACCACUCUGAACCAUGUACGACGACCGUCGCCGAAGACCCGUGUAAUGCAAAUGUCAAGUUCAACUACCGUUGCAUGAACCGCUACUUCCCACGAUGACCCCGUGAACAAGUACUUCCCCUUCGACACGUGUACCCCUACCGCCGAACUCGAUCCGUUCCGAUAAUGCACGCUUCGAAGCUUCGGUUUCGUUCCGGAGUUGUGAGG